CAAUAAUUCAAUUCAAUAAUCCAGUUUGGGCAAUGUUUGAAGAAUUGAAAUUUCAAGUCACAUGCAUCAAUUGUUUAGUGUUGAAAAUAAGGGAAUCUAUCACCUGACUGAAUUUCCGUUUAAAGAAGAAUCUGUUUUGCGACCGUUUUCAUUUUUCAAAAUUACAACACGUGACACAAAAAUCAGAGGGAAAAUCAAAAUGGCUCUGAUUGGCUGAAACGAUGAGAUGAAUUUUCUAGAUAAUUACCAUCAAGAUUGAAAGAUAUACCUGAAAAUCAUUCGGAAGCA